UCUGGACGCUGCCCUCACUGACUUGGAAAGACCUGCUGGCUACCAAGACAUUUGACCUGAACGUUAACCUCUGUAGUGAUCAGCUAGUGUUAUCAUUCCAGGGCACUUUGCAUCUUUUGGUUAAUUCAGGCAUUUGUAUCUGGUAUUCUUUUCGCUAAUAUUCACAAACGGGCCAAUGAAGGAGAAUAAACAAUUAUCACCGUGAAUACAUGCCACGUUUGAGCAUUUGACUUCGCUCGUUGAUUUGCGUCAGUGAAGGAUCUCUCACAUUUGAUAAAUCCAGACCUUACUGUCCUUCGAUAAAAUGUUCUUUCCUGACUAGUUGAUUUAAAUUGGCUUGUAAAUACCCAGAGUUGACGAGACCAGAAGAAGACUAUUUAGAAUUCUGCGAAUUCGGUUGCACGAGAACGGUAUCUAAUGUCGACUUGUAAAGGUGAUUACCUCUCAGGGGCGGACAGUAAGGAUGGAGCACAGAAUGCAAAGGAUGGGGUGAACGGAGCUGAGAGUCGUGACAAUAUCGAAGUAUCGGAGGCUACAUCAAGUGAGGUUCCGAAAGGGCCUGCCCAGCAUUCGCUAGAAUCGGCCCUGUCGAUGGCUAUGUUCCAAGCUAUCCUUGAUUUCCACACUCAGAGGCACAUACCCCAUGACGAAUAUUGAUGCUGCGAGUACCUGGAAUUUCAAUAUUGCGACUUGUCAGACAUAAGAGGGGGAUACCGAAGAUAUUCGCGUCGCAACCGGUGCGCUGAAAGACGCAAAGGACGGACUGGAGACUCAAUUUCUCUUUUAAAAAGACUGGCCGAGUGUGAUUCGGCAGCCUCAAAGCACAAGCAGGUAGAGGGAGCAGCAGUAUUCCACGACCGAGAAUUUAAGUCAACCCAAUGUUAAGGAUUAGGACGCGCCACCACUAGUGGAGCAGAUAUGAAGACCAGGGGUUCCAACGUUAUAUGACGUCAUCGGUUGAGGUGCAAUCACCCAUCGGAAGCAGCAGUGGUGAACCUCGUCCAACGUCAGAACCACGGAGUAAACAUUCCCCUUUAUCUCGGAUAGGACGGAAGAUGAACAUUCAACAGUUAUAUGACCCACUGCCAGUGCCUCUGUUGUUGGACAAGCUAUUGCGACCACCUGGUUAGGGCGAAGCACGAUGGGUUCCUACGGGUCGUCCACGGUUCAAUCAGUGGCACGCGCCGUGGAGCUGGUGGGUCAGGACAGGAACUAACUAUCCAGCGGCAAGUCAUUGUUCCCUGGGAACCGACUCCCUGGCCGCAGGUUUGAUGACUCGAGCAGGAUUGUCGCGAUGAUCGAACGAGCAUUGCGUAAGUUGGCAGGUUCGCCUUUAUCUGCGAGUGUGCCUUUCUCCACAUCGGCUAGGAGAAAAGAGGAGACAAUCAGUUCAUAUAUCGUCGUUCAAGCCGCUUUGUCCCGUUCUCAAUUGACUCUUUUUCUUUUCUUCUCGGCCAAAGCUGCAUCUCCACUUUUUUUUUGCGUUCUCCUAUCACGUACUAUCGUGUUCUUUAGAGACGUGCUGAUCCUCUCGGAUCCCCCGGACAUUCUUCUUGGCAUUUGUUUGAUACACCAUUGAAAUUGGAGUGGUCGAACAAACGUUUGAUCCAGGCUUUUGGUUACAGUCAUGGACGAAGAAAAUGAAAGAAGACCGAGAGCAGUGUCUGGGGCCAGAAGCGAACUUCCUACCUCGCCCAUUAGGUCCUCGAGAGGAUUCGAAGAAGAUGCAAUUUCACCUACAGGAAGAGUUCCAACCGUUGAAGAAGGUCUGUCCAGCUCGGGUGUCCGUCGACGCAGCUCGGCCGCCAGACGUAGUGGCAGUGGAGUGCCCAGUCUGGCCCCUCGAACUACUCUUGCCGAUCGAACACAGGGCAAGUUCACCUUGGCUGGUCCCGAUGAGACCCCUCAGAUGAGGCUCUCUCAUGAGCCUUUCGUGCAGCCUGGAUAUGCCGACCUGAACCCAUCCUACGAGCAGGCAAAUAACGCCAAACCCGUAUGGAGUUUGGCCAAACCGCUGCCGCGUGUGGUGAGACCAGGCAUGGUACCCACCAAGGAUGAAUUGCUCCAGAGUCUUGCAAAUGCUCAGUUACCCGCUGAAAACUCGCAGAAGCUCGGCUUAGACGUGAAUCCCAAUGAUCUCGAACAGGGCAGGAUCGAGAAGACUGCCGAUCCGCGGAAGAUGGCGGCGCAGGUAGAAGAUGCACGUUUGCAGCGUGAAAACGCUUUCAUGAACAAGAUCCUCAGUGGCGAGACGGGAUCAAUCAAACAAGGAUCCCGUAUAUCUCGUACUUCUUCAACCCGCAUAAGACGGCCCUCGAACUGGGAAGAACAGCUUUCAACCGUCGAUGAAGGUGGAUCUCAAGCAACAGAUGAAUCACCAAGGAGACCCUCAGAGUACCAGGUCGAUGACCCUUUACAAACCGUACAUGAAGAGCCCGAGCUACACCUGGAUGAAGAACUAGAUACCAAGUUCGAGAUCCCCGCCCUCGACGAAGCGACCUGUCCAGAAGACCUGCACCCGCUGAUACAAGAUCUGGUCGAAGACGAAGUGCACAACAAUCACACAACGUGGUCAGUCAUUCGAACGCACCACCGCGAGGCUUUGGCUGAGGCACUCGCUGCCUAUGUUCAGCUCACUAUUGGCUUCUGCGCGGACCUGUCAGUGACCAUAGCUAAUGAUGGAAAUCCCAACACCACCGCCUGGGCCUGGGGCUUCGCUACCAUGAUGGGAAUCUAUAUCUCUGGUGGUGUCUCCGGUGCCCACCUUAACCCCACCAUCACGACAAUGCUGUGGUUCUUUCGAGGUUUCCCCAAGCGCAAGAUGCCCGAAUAUUUUGCUGCCCAGUUCCUCGCCGCAUUCUGUGCCGCUCUCACUGCCUAUGGACUUUACUACCACUCAAUUGAGUCUUACAUCAGCACCAAUGCCGACUCGGCCAUUGUCAACAGCUUCGUCACCAACCAGCGCGAAUCUUGGAUCGGCCCUGCAACUGCCUUCUUCACCGAAUUUUUAGGCACAUGCUUCCUUGCCGUGACAGUUCUAGCACUGGGUGAUGAUCAAAAUGCUCCACCGGGCGCGGGAAUGAACUCAUUGAUCAUCGGCCUUGUCGUGACUUGUCUAAGCAUGACCUUUGCUUAUCAGACCGGUGCUGCUUUCAACCCGAGUCGUGACUUUGGUCCUCGCCUUGCUCUUCUUGCACUCGGUUAUGGCUCUGAUCUUUUCCUGAAUCCGUACUGGUUCUAUGGGCCCUGGGUCGGUGCAACUUGUGGAGCCUUUAUCGGAGCCUUCUUGUACGACUUCAUGAUAUUCACCGGCGGCGAAUCCCCUGUGAACUACCCUCUGGAGCGAACUCAGCGCGCAAUGAAGAAGAGCCGCAUGAAGUGGAAGCGCCGCUUGCAUCUUGGAAAGAAAAAGACGACAGACGUACCCGUCGCAUAGAUGCGGCAUAUGGGACAGUGUUUAGUUGUGAGCAGCCGGUACAAAUGUAUAUAUAUUUAUUUCUCCUAGAAAUAAACCCGAAAAAGGCGCUCUCAGCAUUCAGAGGAGACAGCAGGCUACAAGAGAUAGAAGGGUGAAAUCUUAUGACAAGUAUAUUCAACAGUGUUAUCAAAACUCGAUAGGCUCCAAGAGUCAAGCCCAC